AAUCGUGACCAUUCAUUCAAAUCAUGAUUGCCUCUAUGCGAUGCCCUCUUCCUGUUUGCUCUUCUUCUCCCUCCGCCAAUUCAUUCAAAUCAACACCUUGUAUCGUUGCAUUUGCUGGUAGCAAUCGCAAGAAAUCAAGCAGAUUGAAGGUGAAAGCUACUGCGGCCCAGCAAGAAGAGGAUUUCCAAGUCCUGACAGCCAUCCAGACCAGAUACAACAACGUAGUAAUUGUUGAUACAACUGAAUCAAGGCUUCUUCUUCUCGACUCAACUCAUAAUGUGCAUAGCAUGCUUAACAAAGAGACCAAAUGGACAGAUUCCUAUUGGGAUGAGUUUAGUGCAUUGCCACCUGUGGUUCCUCCGGGCCCUAUUGCAAUCUUUGGCUUGGGCGGAGGAACGGCUGCACAUUUGAUGCUUGAUUUGUGGCCAUCGUUGCAGAUUCAUGGCUGGGAGAUAGAUGAAAUUUUGAUACAUUUGUCCAGAGAAUAUUUUGGACUGUCCGACUUGGAGAAGCAAACUAGAGAGGGUGGACUGCUUACUACUCACAUCGGUGAUGUUUUUUCUCCCGAAGCUGCUAUUUCGGGAGGAUAUGCAGGCAUCGUUGUUGAUCUGUUUGCAGAGGGAAAGGUUUUGCCAGAGUUAGAACAGGCUGCUACUUGGUUACAACUAUCUGAGAAAUUGAUGCCUGGAGGCCGCUUCAUGGUAAACUGUGGUGCGGGUGAAGGUGAAGCGGUUUCUCGAGAUAAUGAAACUUGGAAGCUGAAUGCAGCAAUUAGGGCCAUGUGUGAAGCAUUUCCUGGUCAAGUGAAUUGGAAGAAGAUGCCAAAGGGUUCAGGAGAAAACUAUAUGGCUUUGACAGGGGUUUUGCCAGAUUUGAGUGCCUGGUCUGCUACUCUCCCUUACCCGCUCAAUUCAAGCAUCAAUCCAUGGAAGACAUGUACCUGAAGAGAGACAAGUUCUUAUAAUUCAUCUUUCAUUUUCUAUA